AUCGGGGAAGCCAGCAUCGCGGCGGAGGCUGCCCGGCUGGGCUUGAGGGGCCGCCCAAGCUCCGAACGCCCCUGCAGAGCUGACCUCCGGUUCAGUUCUCUGCGCUGGGCCCUCAGAGAGCUGGACCCUGGGAACACAGGCUUCGUUGGGGCAGACACCUUCACCGGCUUGGUGCACAGCCAUGAGCUGCCUCUGGACCCGGCCAAGCUGGACAUGCUGGUGGCCCUGGCCCAGAGCAACGAGCGGGGUCAGGUCUGCUACCAGGAGCUGGUGGGCCUGAUCAGCAGCCAGCGCUCUAGCAGCUUCAAGCGGGCCAUCGCUAACGGACAGCGGGCACUGCCCCGGGACGGGCCACUGGACGGACCUGGCCUGGGAGUCUAUAAGCGGUUUGUGCGCUACGUGGCCUACGAGAUCUUGCCCUGCGAGGUGGACCGCCGCUGGUACUUCUCCCGGCACCGCAGCUGCCCGCCCCCUGUGUUCAUGGCCUCGGUCACCCUUGCCCAGAUUGUCGUGUUCCUGUGCUAUGGGGCCCGCCUUAACAAGUGGGUGCUGCAGACCUACCACCCCGAGUACAUGAAGAGCCCCCUGGUGUACCACCCAGGGCACCGCGCACGGGCCUGGCGCUUCCUCACCUACAUGUUCAUGCAUGUCGGGCUGGAGCAGCUGGGGUUCAACGCCCUCCUGCAGCUGAUGAUCGGGGUGCCCCUGGAGAUGGUGCACGGCCUACUCCGCAUCAGCCUGCUCUACCUGGCGGGCGUGUUGGCAGGCUCUCUGACUGUCUCCAUCACGGACAUGCGGGCCCCAGUGGUGGGGGGCUCCGGCGGGGUCUAUGCCCUGUGUUCUGCACAUCUGGCCAACGUCGUCAUGAACUGGGCUGGGAUGAGGUGUCCCUACAAGCUGCUGAGGAUGGUGCUGGCCCUGGUGUGCAUGAGCUCCGAGGUGGGCCGGGCCGUGUGGCUGCGCUUCUCCCCGCCACUGCCCGCCUCGGGCCCGCAGCCCAGCUUCAUGGCGCACCUGGCCGGCGCGGUGGUGGGGGUGAGCAUGGGCCUGACCAUGCUGCGCAGCUACGAGGAGCGCCUGCGUGACCAGUGUGGCUGGUGGGUGGUGCUGCUGGCCUACGGCACCUUCCUGCUCUUCGCCAUCUUCUGGAACGUCUUCGCCUACGACCUGCUGGGCGCCCACAUCCCCCCGCCACCCUGACCCUGCCCUGGGGCCACAGGGCCCGGCCUGGGCACCAGAGGGCCGGCACGUCUGCCUUCCCGAAUGGACACCUCUGGGCUGCUUGUGCCCUUGAGGGCUGGUGGCCUGUGUCUGCUGAACAGAGGCCACGCCUUACUCUUGCCCUGUCCCCUCCCGGCAGGGGAGGGCUGCUGGGCUGGGCUGGGUGGGUGCAGGUCCUUGACGUGGCCCUGGGGAGACCCUGUCCCUCCAUCCCUUUCCCCUCAAGAUUUGCAGUCUGAGCCUUUUUGGAGAAGGAAUAAAUAUUUUACACGGCACCAGGGAGCUGUCCCGGAGCUCUGCAGGCCUGUCUGCUGCCCUCCCAGGGGACAGUGACGCUCUGGGCUUGCUACCUCUGCAGCAGCCUGAGGUGGAACAUGUCCCCACCACUCAAGCCUGUGUCAGUGUGGGUGCUCGUGGGCACCGCCUCCUGGCCAGGUGCGAGUCCAACCGUGCAUGUCGGCAAACAUCCCGUCCUGACAGACUGUAGGCAGAGAUGACACAGCAGGUGGGCAGACUUGUGCCCAGCCUGGGCCCUGUGCUUCUCAGCUGCCCAGUGCCCGUGGGUGGCUGGGCUGGGGCCAAGGUUGGGCAGCAGGCUUGGGCACAGCUCCUGUCCCAUGGCCCAGUUCCACAAGGCGAAGAGCCCACAGCUGAAGUGCUGGCUGCAGGGGGCACAAGGAGUCUGGCUCACCUUGGCUCAAGGCUGUGGCCGCGCCUGUGUCCUGCCGAGGCACAGCAGGUAGCAUCUGAGGAUGUACUGCAUGGCCUGCAGGCUGGGCACUGUGGCCACUGCUUCACCCAACACAACGGCCAUCACCCUGGGAACACCAGCCGCCAGAACUGCUGUGGACAGUGGGGAGACACCACUUGGGGACCCUGCCCCUGAUGGACUGACUCCUGUUCCCAGGAACACGUAGUGUACCUGAGAGUUUGCCCCAGAUAGUUCAGCUGCAGGGACCCUGCCAUCGGCACAUUUCACAGCAUACAAGCCCAGGUCAGCCCAGCAACGCCGAAGCUGUGGCUGAGCCCGCACCCAGGUGCCCAGCUCGGUAACUGCAGCCCGCAAGUCUGGAGGAAGGCGGUGGCCAAACACUGCACCACCAGCUCCUGGGUGUGCAGCUGCACACGAGGCCGGAUGCGAUCCCACUGUAGACCCGUCGGGUUCGAGGGAAGAGUUGCCGGUAGCCCUUGCCAGGGAGGCUCCGCCCACUCCGCUACGUUAACGGGCAGAGGCUCCGCCCCCACGAGGAGCCCCGGCCCCUUCCGCGAGGAUUGUCUGCGUAGGCUCCGCCCGCGGAAAAAGGCCUGCCUCACCCGCGAGGUUGGUCCGCGGAGGCUCCGCCCCCAGGGGAGCCCCGCCUCGCUCAGAGGCCUCGCCGCCGGCCUCCACCCCAGCUCCUCUAGGGUCACGUGCUGU